GCGGGCAGACAGACGUAUAUAUGGCCCUCGUCCUCAACGUGUUGGCGUACGGUUCCCAUCUUGCCGGCACACCCUGCUUCCGACGAAGGCGAAUGAGCGAACAACAAAUCGGCCGGCAUCCUCCCUCUUCUUGUUCUUCACUCACUGUCUGAGCCACACAAAGCUCCCUUUUGUGCUCGAAUUCAUUUCCACCUCCUCCUUUCGAGCCAAGGAACGCCCUUUUCGAGGUAUCAAAUUUCUUUCAACGGCAAUGGGAAAGAGUAAGAUGGAUGAUGCCGCUGCCCAGCGGAUUUGCCGGGCUCGCGGCGAAAAGGACGGCUUCUCCAAGCGUGCGGCGGAGGCGGCUCGGAGGAAUGGGCAGAAUAGUCACACCGGUCCGCGUGACUUGUCUUUCUCCUCCUCCUCCUCCUCCUCCAUAGGCGGCGGCAGCAGCAGCAGCAGUAGUAGCAGUGGAGGCGAGGGUAAGAUUGGUCAGAAGGGUGGCUGGGGCAAGAAGUGAGCGGCGUCGACAGUGACGGAGUGAGACAUGCUCACGCAUAAACGCCUGAGAGAGACGUUAUUGGCGUUGACGGGUGUGGGGGCCGACGAGGGGGACGCCUUACCUGGAGACGGAGGUCGGUCCUCCUCAAUCAUCUCUAGUUAUAGUUAUAGGAUGGCACUGCCGACAUGCCUGCGCUCCUUUCUUUUUCCCUGUUGUUACUUCUCAUUCUUAUCGUUAUCUUUACGCUUCCUUCAGUUGUUUCCUUUGCCGAGGGAAUGAGGGCUGGGCUAACGGGGGGGAAGGGGCUAGCGUCUUGUCUCCCCUGGGGCCUUGAUGAGUUCGAGUUUGGCAGUUGGACCAGAAUCUUGCAUUGUUGGGCAAGCGGCUCUGGUUUCUGAAGUACCAUUGUUGUGUGAUGAAACCCAUUGUACACUCCCUC